AUGGGCGCUGCAGCGUCGAAACGGGAGGUGAAGGCCACCGUGAGCUACCCCUCAGUUAGCUACCCCUCAGUUGCGCGAGCCAGCAUCGCGCCGCUUCGCGAGAGUGAGCUCGGCAAAAGCCACGCCGAAGAGCCUCCAUCGCGCCGGAAAUCCAGAGAGGGGUCCGCGGCGCUUGUGGACGAGCUGGUGGCGAGGGAGCGGAGAAGCUCGCAGCCCAUCCUGGACGUCGAGCGGCGCUCAUCGACCCAACGCGUCUCGAGCACAGAGUUUGCCCGCCCAGCCCACAUGCCGCCCACGCCCACUCAAAAGGCGGAAGGCGAGAGUGCCGCCGAGACGAGCGCAGAGGUGGGUGCGGAGCCUCAGCCGCGCGACGAUGACGGCGCGGUGAGGAAUGGUGCCGCCGAAGGAGUUGGUUCCGAGUGUGUUGAGGAGGUCGGCAGCGGGACAGCAAGUGGCAGCGGAGGCCCUGCGGUAGGCAAGGCGGGUGGGGCUCCACGCAAGUCCAAACGGAAAUCUCGACUGAGCUCAUGGCGCGAGGAGGCGGGCGAAUCGAGAGAGGCGGCCUCCUCAGCCUCUACGGAGGACAGCCUCGCUAAGGCUUCGGACGCCCCCGGCACCUCGACGGCGAAUGUCCGCCCCGACAGUCCGUCGCCCGUCGCUGAGAACGCUCUGGAGCCCUCGACAGACGCCAACGAGCCCGUCUCUGAGCAGGCUCCGGAGCCCUCGAUAGAAGCCAACGAGCCGCCCGGCGCUGCUGAGAAGGGCCCGGAGGAAGUUAUUCCCUCAUCGGAUGCCCCCUCCGCCGAGCUUCCGCCCCGCCUCACGGUUGUCGCGCCGCCUCGGUUUGAGGUCGCUGAGGCACCGUUAUCCGUAUUGCCGGCGUCUUUGUCCUCGAGCUUGUCCUCCUCCUCCUCCUUGGAGUCCAGCACCCCGGGGCGCAGCGAAGACGGUUCGCUGCCAGCGACCAUUGAGCACGAAGAACCCGGGCUCGAAGAUGAUGAGUUGGCCGAGUGCGACGCGCUGCCGAGCACAGAGCACAUCUCGAGGCGUCUGUCGGCUGAGCUGUAG